GAAGCCACGGCCAGCCCCAUACAGUCAGAGUCUCCUCCACCGGCAAGCAGAGCAACCAUGAAGGCUCGGGCUCUCACGCUGCUGCUCGUAGCCUGCUGUCUGUGGACGGCCGAGGGGCAGGGCGAGCCCCCCAAGAAGAGCAUCUGGGAGGACCCCGUCCAGUUCAACACCAAGGCCAAGGACGCCUGCACUAUGAUCGUGACCGGCCAGGGAGACCUCACCAAGCUCCGGGUCUCCUGCAAGAACCAGGACAAGGCGUACUGGUGCGAGUACGCGGGCAAGCCCCAGGUGUGCCGCUCCUACAACAACAACCCCAGGCACUACUACACCCAGAUCAUGUGGGACCUGCGGAAGCUGCCCAACGCCUGCCAGGGCGCCAGGGUCAUAAAGCCCCAGAUGUGCAAGAGGGCCUCCGACGAGGCGCAGAUGGUGUUCCAGACCUCCUGGCCGCGGCUCUUCACCCCGAGACCGGUGAGACCCACGCAGGAGAGGCAGCCGGGUCAGGCCAAACCGGAGCCGCCCAGGCCGGAGGCCCCCAGACCGGAGGCGCCGAGACCCCAGGACCCCAGGCCAGAGGAGCCCAGGCCCGAAGAACCCCGGCCAGAGGAACCCAGACCUCAGGAGCCCAGACCUGAUGUACCCAGACCCGAGGUGCCCAGACCAGAAGCGCCGAGACCAGAGCCGCCCAGACCGGACGUGCCGAAGCCCGAGGUACCGAAGCCAGACACCCCGAGACUGGCCAGACCACCGCAGCCUAAGCCACAGCCUGCCAAGCCGGAGCCGUCCAAGCCGCUGACGAAAGUCGUUCCAGUCAGGAAGAUCCCUGCUAGACCCACUAAAACAACCCCAAGCAAAUCGCCACAGCCUGCCACCAAAGCGAACGCCAAGAAGAUGGCUCAAGAAUAUUGCUGGAGGUCCCUCCAAGGAAUCUGCGCAUACGUGAUUGGCUGGUUCCAUAACUAAAAGCACAGGUAUACAUUCCCUGCAAAGAAGACUUGAAAAGUCUGACUAAUUGAGCGCUCAGAGUUGUUUUCACCAGAGGAAAGAAAUCUGUUUGCGAGUGGGUGAAAGCGACAUCCAAGUACAUUGUCUUAGUGUCGAACUGGUGACGUUGCUGUCAAUAAAACUUCUUUCCUUUUUAUGGCGGACAACACGCUACCAUGGUCUGUCCCGUCAUGUGUGGCUCUCUGAAUAUCUUUUGAUUUGUAAUUUGUGUCAAUGAAGUACAGACCUGUACUCUGAACCAGUGGUUAUUAAAAACAUACUUUGUGAACACACUGUAGGAACAGGUUCAGCAGUUCAGACUGUGUAACCUUUUACUUUCAAAUGAACCUGGCUUGUACUGGUAGCAAUACGGUCUACUCGUUGGCUUUGAGUGUAUAAGAACUAUGAUAGUUCUAAAGCCAGGGAGGUUCUGCAAUAGACCCAUAAAUGAAAGGAAAAAAAGCAGUGUCAGUUUAAACAUGCUAGACCACAUCUUGUACAAACUUUAGUUAAGUGAAGAGAAGUCUUUGUGUUUUUCCAAGAGUAACGGUGACAUACUGUGAGUUCUACCACUGUUGCAUUGUAAUUCUGAUUCAAAUGUAAAAAUCAAUGGAUGAAUGUAAACUUGUAUGUGUAAUAAAUGUAGACUGGAUGAUUAAUUUCUCUCAUUGUUUUUGUCAUUUUGAUUUAAACUAUUAAAAGAAGUUUCUACCUUU